AUGGCGCGCUUGGGAUACUUGGUUCUGGCGUCCCUGGCGUCUCUUCUGAGCCUGGCUCCCUCUGUCCAGGCUCAAGGUGACAACCUGGGUCUCGGCAAUGGCUAUACCACCCUCAAGACUCAGAACUUCGAUCUCCAGCUCGUUCGUGAUGCGCAAGUGUUGGCCUCUUUGAAAGCGUCUGGAGGGACAUUCGAUUUCCUCCCUUUCGGCUAUCUACCCUUCCGCGCUGGCAACGGUCAGUACCACUGGGGAGACGUCACCUUCCGGUACAGGGCCGUCGGCAGCACGGCCUGGAUUAACGGCAAUUCUGCGACCGCUCGACAGCCGGUGAAAGCCCUGUCGGGAGCUGGGAAUGGCACGAGCGGGACAAGGCUGGCGGCGUCGAACUUAGCACCGACGCUCCCAACAAACACCGCAGCUCUGAACUUCACCCGGGAGUGGCUUGAUGUUGACGGUGACCUGGGCCUGUCCUUCACCGUGACCAAUGUCGGGAGCAGUUCCAUUGAGAUUGGCAGUCUAGGCUUUCCGGCCGAAUUCAACAGCAUCUUCACGAACCGCUCCGCGUCAGAGACUCAACAGCUGUGCUCGCUGUCUGACCCUUACAUUGGCUUGCACGGAGGGUAUAUCCGUGUUGCUCCCAUAAACGGCAAUGGAGCGGCCUUGGUAGUGACUCCACUGGGCGACACCCCGCUGGAGGCUUAUCGCAACCUGGCCGAGACGUACUAUGAUGCCACAGCCUACGGGAGUCAAGUCUUCGAGGGAUUCUACGAGUGGCAGACCGUAUCCAAGGCCUACGCAGAAAAUGAGUGGAAAGGCAGCGUCCCUUGGAAUACGCCCAACUCGCGGACCAUUGCGGCGGGAAGCUCUUUAACAUUCGGCCUUAGGUUCUCACUUGCCAAAGGUGGCAUCAAGGAGAUCGACGAUGCGGUUCAGGCUACGAAGACGCCGUACGUACGUGGAGUUCCUGGCUUCAUCGUGCCCCAGGACCUGACGGCGCAGCUUGUCGUGAACCCUGGCUCAGGCGGUAGUGUGUCCAAGCUGGCCGUUGAGCCUUCUGGGGCCCUUACUGUGACCCAGGCAUCGUCUGGCGUCUACAAUGUGGUGCCUUCGUCCACUGCAUUCGGCCGCGUGAAGCUCACGAUCACCUAUACCAACGGGCAGCUCCAGACUGUGCAUUACUACAUCACCAAGUCUGGGCCAACUGCCCUUGCGAACCUGGGCAAUUUCCUGACCACAGAGCAAUACUACACUGACACGAGCGACCCCUUUGGACGAGCGCCGUCUGUCAUUAGCUACGACUACAGCGUGAAGGCUAAGGUUCUCCAGGACUCCCGCGUGUGGAUUGCAGGUUUAUCUGACGAGGCGGGCGCCGGGUCGUUCCUCGCAGCCGCAAUGAAGCAGGCCGCCCAGCCCAACGCCCAGGAGAUCGCGAAACUCGAGGCUUUUGUGGACGGUGUCUUGUUCAAGACGAUCCAGCCCAACGACGGGACGUUCAACGUCCGCAAGAGCAUCUUCUACUACGGCCUUUCCGGUUACCAGUACUCGACGGCCUUCGACUGGACCAGCUGGACGUCCUGGAACAAGGCGAACGCCUAUGCUACCGACCGGGCAUACGACUAUGUCCACGUAGCAGCCACCUACUGGGCUAUGUACCGCGCCGGGAGGGCCUAUCCCGGGACUCUGGUCAAGCACCCGUGGGACUGGUACCUCAACCAGAGCUACAGCACCGUGAUGUCCGCCACGGCCCAGGACUCGAGGGGAAAUUGGCUGGUGGGAUACUCCACGGUCGGACUCAUGGGCGAGACGGUGUUUGGAGAGCUUCUUCGGGAUCUGAAGCGCGAGGGCUUCACCGCCAAGGCCACCGACAUCGAGGGCAAGAUGAAGUCGCGCGCUACCCUGUGGAACUCGCAGGAGGAUCCCUUCGGAUCUGAGAUGGCUUGGGACUCGACUGGCCAGGAGGGAGUGUACUACUGGUCGAAGUACUUCGGGUACACAGCCACAGCAGCGAAGACGCUGGGGACUGUUCUGGGCUUCCAACCGACGGUCGCGCACUGGGGCUGGAAUGGAAACGCGAGACGGUACUGGGACAACAUCUACGGCGGCAAGCUCCAGCGCAUCGAGCGGCAGAUCCACCACUACGGCUCUGGCCUGAAUGCCCUGGUCGCGCUCUCCGCGUUCCGCAGCGCCCCGAAUGACACCUACCUCCUCCGUAUCGGCUACGGCGGCAUGAGUGGCCCGCUAUCUAAUAUCAACAGCGAAGGCUUCGCAGCCGCCUCAUUCCAUUCCUUCCCAGACACGCUUGCCUGGGACGGCUACAGCGGCGACUACGGCCCCAACUUCCUGGGUCUGGUUCUCGGAACGGGAUCCUACCUGGUCGAGGACGAGGACCUGGGCUUCGUGGCAUACGGAGGCACUGUCAGCGGCAGCACGGGAGGCACUGUCAGCGGCAGCACGGGAGGCACAGUCACGGUGGCGCCCAAGGAUGCCGCUCGGCGCAGGGCCUUCGUCGGCCCCAUUGGGCUUCUGGUGGAGAUCGAUGCGGGCGUCAUCAGUCAGUUUGCGUAUACGGCAAGCGACGGAUCUGUGUCUGUCACGCUGGGUAAGCUGGACGGGGCGCCGGCGGUCAACUCGACCAACAUUUGGGUUAGCAAGGAGUCUGGGCAGGCUGGCUACACAGUCACUGGCACUGGCAUCACUGCAGCAAGGGGCGGUUGGCAGGUUCCUCUGAAUUCGGGCUCUGUUACCGUGAAAGUUGUACCUUCGUAA